CCGAUUUGAAGGGUUGACAAGGAGAAUCGCUUCCCCGGUACCCUGUCCCUCUUCACCGGGCAGCCUAGAAGCAUAGUAUGCUAUCCCUGUCCCUCCGCUCGUUCCACGUUGAACAGAAUAGCCAGAGACGCAUAGAGAACUGUCUGGAUUUUGAAGGUGAAGGACUUUGUAUUUACAUAAAGUUCUGUAGGCUAUAAAUACUGAAAAUUUGAUCGCGAGGAUGACUGCGAAGAUGGAAUUAAUCAAAAGGAUAGUAAGGUCCGAUAUCAGAGUGAAAGUUUGCACAGCACUCCCUCUGAGAUGGAGACGCGAAUGACAUAAUCAUUUAUUCACUUUUUCUCAUAACGGAGCGGCCUUUUGGAUUUAUUGUCUGCAGCUAUUACGCGGCGCCGGACACCUGCACCCGACUUGGCCGAGACGGCUUCUACGCGGCUCUCCGCUCAAUAACAAAUUGUUCAGAAGCGCUUCUUAAACUGAAUCGAUCAUUUCUACUCGUAUUUGAACUGUUGUCAAUGGUAGGCUACUUCCACACAGGCAGUUCAUUUGUUGCGCUUUGUUGUGCAGUUCUGUAAAUCACUGAAUGCGACGGAUAGGCGACAGUGGACAUCCGAUAAUAAAUUGAUACUGGAUGUGUUUGAAUAGUGUCAGCAUCAACUGAAAAGUAACAAAGCUCAACUAAGCUUUAUAAAUGUCUUCCUCAGUCAUCUCUUCAUAUCGCUUCUCCGUCCAGUAUUCACUGCCUGACUUGUAAUAGCUAAAACAGGAGAGAACUGUGCCUCCACCUCGCCCCUGUCCAAAUUCAAAGCCAGUGUAAUAUUCUUUACAGCACUGACUCACAAUGGGCACAGUAUUAUCCCUUUCCCCUGCAUUCAGGAAGAACAGCUACUAUGACACGCGGCCUGGCUCACUCAACCACUACCCGAGCCUGAGCAGCCGUUCGCUCAACACUCAGAAAGACCGCGCCAGUGGCCUGAAACGGGGACAGUCAAUCUUUCUCCCAGCCCUCACCUGGAAACGCCUUGUCGCCUCCACCAAGAAACGAGGGGGCUCUAAGAAAUGUCCUGGGGGUCCGGGGUCACUUGGAGACCCCCUCAACAACAACAACAUCUACCAGAAGGAUCCGGUGUUGCACCUCAACCGCGAGAAUGUCAAGAAGUCUCUGUCGUGUGCCAACCUCUCAAGCUACGACGGGCCAACGGGACUGGGUCUGGGGAUAGGCUUCGGCCAGGGGCACUACAGCUAUGGCAUGGGCAUGAAGCCCCAGCAGCUGUCCUCUGUCAAGAAGGUGCCCCACCAAGGAACGGCCACCUCAUCCCCCAAGCGCAUCAUUGUCCAGGCGUCCACCAGUGAACUUCUCCGGUGCCUGGGUGAGUUCCUGUGUGGCCGCUGCUACCGGCUGAAGCACCUCUCCCCUGCGGACCCGGUGCUGUGGCUGCGGGCGGUGGACCGCUCUCUGCUCCUCCAGGGCUGGCAGGAUCAGGCCUUCGUGACUCCGGCCAACGUGGUGUUUGUCUACAUGCUGUGUCGUGAUGUGGUGGAUGGAGACCUGGUGGCGUCAGAGCACGAGCUUCAGGCCACACUACUCACCUGUCUCUACCUGUCCUAUUCCUACAUGGGCAAUGAGAUAUCCUACCCACUGAAACCUUUUCUGGUGGAGGCUGGCAAGGAGGCCUUCUGGGACCGCUGCCUAGCCAUCAUCGACGCCACCAGCGCCAAGAUGUUGCGCAUCAACGCCGACCCGCACUUCUUCACCCAGGUGUUCGCUGAGCUGAAGAGUGAAGGGGGCUGCAGCCCACAGGACUACAGCCGCGUGCUGGACCGGUGAGAGGAGGGGUAGUGGGGUACAACCCCCCCAAUCCCCAUCCCCCUGUCCUCCUCCCCCCCCCAGCCCCGCCCACCUCUCUGCCAAACAUUUCCCACCCGCUCCAGCCACCUACCUCCAAGAAUGUAACACAGGG